AUGGAUGCCUUUGAGCAUCCGUCAAGAGAGAACCGAAUGGAUCUUGAGUUGCAGCAGGAGUCUCCAGAGCAACAGCAGCAGCAAGACGGUGUGCAGAAUGCGCAGCAGCAAGAGUUUCCCAGUGAAAUACUACAGCAGCAGCAGCAGCAGCAGCAGCAGCAGCAGCAGCAGCAGCAGGAUGAUUCUCAUGGAGAGACUCAGCAGCAGGAGCUGUCACCUCCUCAGGUAGAUUCCUUUCAAGGGAAUGAGGGGGCCCCACUACGAUCGAGGCGACAAUCUUUUAUUGUUCAAUCUCUACCUAUGCCUGGUCCUGGGCCCCUACAAUGCCCUGGGCCCCUUGAUCUUGAGCUAGCGCAUGCUCCUCAUGAAGUGCUUCCUCAGCCGAAACGUAUAGAGGGUUCUUCUCCUUUAGGAGGCUCUAGCAGCACAUUGUUAGGGCCCCCAGCUCCUUCUGCAUGCCCCUUGCUGCAGCAGCUACAGGAAGACUCAACCAAUCAAAAUGAAGCAAUAGCACCACUAUCAAUUGUUCCGCUACCUACUUUCGUUGGCGUCCCCCUACCUGUCUCUGUUGAACAGCCUAAGAGAGCUGAAAGCCCUCUAUCAGAGUCUGUCUCUCUUACUGUGCUGCAACAUCCUGCAGACAAUCUUGAGCCUUUGCCUCCUCCACCUGCAGCACCUUCUGGAGAACUGAUUAAUGUGGGGCCCCGGGUGUCUGCUGAGCCUCUGCUGCCUCUAUUAUUUACAAGUACAAUUGAAGGGGCCCCUCCUUGGCCUGCAACAGAAGUAGAAGAAGCAGCAGUUUAUAAUCAUUCGGGCGAUACUCCUGCAACAGCACCUGUCUCACUUUCUACAAGUAUACCAGGGGCCCUGGGGGCCCCCUCUGUUGCUGCUUCAGCUCGUUCUUGUCUAAGUGCUUUUAAUCAAACUCUUUAUGAAUGCUCUGCAGUUGUAGGAGCCUCUUCAGAAGCAGCUAAAGACGAUAAUUACUUUAUACAUGCAUCUUCUCUUGCCCCACCCUCUUCUAUUGUAUUUCUCCCAGGAAACGCAGCAGCAAGUGCUAGUACUGCAGCAGCAGCAGCAGCUGCUGCUGCUGCUGCUGGUGCGCCUAAUGAAGCAACAGCAGCAGCAGCAGAAACAGCUGAAGCAGGAUCUAAGAUAAGCAAGAAACGUCAUCUCUGGCGUACAGGGUUCUUAGCGACCAGUGGAGGCCUCGCUGGGGGCCCCCAACCCACAGGGGCCCCCAAACUUCCUUGUACCUCUUUGGGGGCCCCCAGCAGCUGGUUGAAUUCCUAUGGUUGUGAACCCUUAGAUCCUCAGUCGCUGCAGAGUCGCAUGCAAGAGACAGCAGCAGGAAGCUCAGCAGCAUCAUCAUCAUCAUCAUCAUCUGCAGCAGCAGCAGCAGCAGCAGCAGCAGCAGGAAGACAUGCUGCAGCAGGAUCUGCUGCUCCUCAAAGGAGAUGCAGAAAGAUAUUCGGCAUUGCUCGCUUGUGUGGGGCUUUAGGUGUAUGGUUUUGUUUGCUAGCAGCUGUUGCGCUGCUGCUGCAGCUGAAGCCAGGGGGUUCAAUACAGGUGCUGCAGGUUGCUGCUCCUGUUGCUGCUGUGCUGCUGUUCUUUUCUCCUGCUGCAGCAGCUAGAAGAGCUCUUCGAGAUGUAGAUACAGCUACACUACCUGCUGGGGUCUUUGCUGCUCAAGCUGUUGCAUGCAGCAUUGCUCUUGUAUACGGCAUGCAGAUUAACAGCAACGCAAUCUUUAUUACUAAUGCUAUAGGCUUGGUAGCAGAGGUUUGCUGGCUUGCUGUUUUUGCUGCAUGUCUGCAGCAGCAAAGCGAAUCCCGCUGCUGCUCUCGUACUGGAAGUUUAAAUGGGGGGCCCCAUGAGGGGGGCCCCCCUUCGUGUUGGUUGCAUACAGUAGGUGGAAGCCCGUCAGCAGCAGAUUCACCUAGAGCAGCAGCAGCAGCAGCAGCAGCAGCACCUUCGUUGCAGCGGCGAGCCCUCCAAAGAGCUGCUUUCAAACAUAAAGCAGCAAUUAAUCUUAAUUCGCUUUCAUCACCUGCUGCUGCUGCUGCUGCUGCUGCUACUACACGCAGCACAGCAACUCCUUCUCAUAAUGGCGGUGGUAGGCCUGCAACAGCAAGACACAAGAGACCUCUACAGCAGCAGCAGCAGCAGCUGCAGCUGCAGCAGCAGCAGCAACAGCUGCACCACCAGAUGCAGCUGCAGCAGCAGCAGCAGCAGCAGCAACACCCAGCAGCAGGGAUGCCAGGAGCAGCAAACCUACAUAAGGGUUCUCCUAGGGGGCCCCGCACUGCUGUGGGGCCCUCAGCUUCAUGCUUACAUCGCAGCAGCAGCAUUGCCAGCUUUAACUUCGUCGGCUGGCUGCAGCUGCCUGCUUCAUUCUCUCUCUUUGGUGCUCACGUGCCCAGACUCUGCACGAUGAUUAGUUCGAAGUCGCACGCGUGUCUCCCUCAGCCGUUAGUGUUGAUGGGCAUUGUCUGUAAUGCACUUUGGGCUUUGCUCGGCUUUACUUCAAAGCUCAGCGCUGUUUGCUGCGUUGGAGUCGUAGACUUCGAAUGCUUUACUGAGGGAGGAGGCCGCAGCAGCAGCAGCAGCAGCAGCAGCAGCAGCAGAGACGAACAGCAGCACCAACAUCUCUCUUUUUCUGCUCGCUCUUCUCCCAGAGACUGA